UGUCCCGUGACGCUCCCGAUGGGCGGGUCGUCAACAACAGUCGCUGUGUAUGUGUAUGUGGAGGUAGUAACGCCGCAGCAGGGAAGGAGCUGGAGUGUGUCGUGUUUUGAAUUAGCCCCGCAGACAGCCAACACCGACCGGAGGGCAGCAGUAUUCAGUCGGGGCCUGUGGAUAAGAUGGCGGAUGUAGGGAGCGAUGAAACGCGGACGGCUCUCCCUUCGGCAUCCCACCACAACGGUCCGGUGGCGGUGACCGCACCGGCGGCGGGCACCGCGGGCCUCAGCCCGGCAACUGUGACGUCGGGUCCGCGUAUGGUGCGGAUUGUCAAGUCCGAGUCGGGCUACGGUUUCAAUGUCCGCGGGCAGGUCAGCGAAGGCGGCCAAUUGCGGAGCAUCAACGGGGAACUGUACGCUCCUCUCCAGCACGUCAGCGCCGUGUUACCCGGCGGAGCUGCGGACCGGGCGGGCAUCGCAAAGGGUGACCGGAUUCUGGAGGUCAAUGGCGUGAGCGUCGAGGGCGCCACCCACAAACAGGUGGUGGACCUGAUUCGCGCCGGCGAGAAGGAGCUGGUCCUGGCCGUGCUCUCGGUCCCGCCGCAGGAGGCAGACGGCCUGGAGGGAGGCGAGGACAUACAGCCCAACUACGACUAUGGUGACAAGCAAGCCGUGCCCAUCUCAAUCCCCACGUACAAGCACGUGGAGCAGCACUCUGAGAGGUUUGUGGUGUACAACGUGUACAUGUCGGGCCGGCAGCUGUGCUCCAAGCGCUACAGGGAGUUCGCCAUCCUCCACCAGAACCUGAAGCGCGAGUUCUCCAACUUCAACUUCCCCAAGCUUCCUGGCAAGUGGCCCUUCUCGUUGUCUGAGCAGCAGUUGGACGCCCGCCGUCGUGGAUUGGAAGAAUACCUGGAGCGAGUUUGUUCUGUUCGGGUGAUCGGGGAGAGCGAUAUCAUGCAGGAGUUUCUCUCGGAAUCAGACGAGAACUACAAUGGUGUGACAGACGUCGAGCUGCGCGUGGCGCUACCCGACAAGACAACCAUCUCAGUCAGGGUGCGCAAGAACAGCACCACAGACCAAGUUUACCAGGCAUUAGUGGUGAAAGUUGGAAUGGACAGUAUUAUGGCUAGCUAUUUUGCCUUGUUUGAGGUCAUCAAUCAUACAUUUGUGCGAAAACUUGCUCCCAACGAGUUCCCGCACAAGCUUUACGUGCAAAACUACACGUCGGCCGUGCCGGGCACUUGCCUUGCACUUCGAAAGUGGCUCUUCAGUUUCCAAGAAGAGGAACUGCUCCGAGACAACCCGCUGGCACUGCACUACUGCUUUCAUCAGGCACUGGAUGAUGUGAAGAAGGGAUUCAUAAAAACGGAGGACAAAUCCUACCAGCUGCAGAAGCUGGCAGAGCAGCGCAAGAUGGCCACGUAUCUGAGCCAGCUGCGUUCCUGCGAGGGCUACAACGAGGUGGUUUUCCCCCACUGCUCCUGCGACUCCCGGAGGAAGGGCCACGUUGUCACGGCCAUCAGCAUCCAUCACUUCAAACUGCACGCCUGUACUGAGGAUGGCACGCUGGAGAAUCAGGUGAUUGCAUUUGAGUGGGGGGAAAUGCAGCGCUGGGACACUGACGAAGAGGGCAUGGCCUUCUGCUUUGAGUAUGCUCGAGGGGAGAAGAAACCUCGCUGGGUCAAGAUUUUCACUCCAUAUUUCAACUACAUGCACGAGUGCUUCGAGCGGGUCUUUUGUGAGCUCAAGUGGAGGAAACAGGUUGAGGAAGAGGCCUCUGAUAAAGACAACAAAAACUGCAGCAACAACGAGUUUCUCCCACCCCUGGAGACGCAGCAGAAGGGAUGGCGCCACCUAGGGGGGGAGAUUGCCACAUCCUAAACGAAAUCAAAACCACAACUACAUCCCACACUGAACUUUUCCACUUGCAUCGCCACACCCACCCCGAGAGCGUGCCCAUCGACCACACCUGGAAUUGAGAGACGGGCGGAGUAAGCUCAAACUGGGAUCGACCUUUUUCCCCUAAAGGGGGGAUAGGAAUAUGUCACACAUUAAGCUUGGGAUACUUAUCAGGACGAGCGAUGAAAGGAAGUCAGCUUUCAUUUCAUUACACCGGAUCUCCAUACUGUGUGUCUGUGAGACGCUUCCCUCCCGCAAGCACAUUCGUCUGGUGUGCGACAGACAGGAGAGCAUACCGGAGUCCAGACUGCGAGCGGUGCGACGAUACGCUCGGCUUGGAGCUAACCCAUGGAACUAAGAUGAAGCAAAAAGGGAGGGAAACUGACUGGUGCAGUGAAGAAAAACAAGUGGUGUUCCACUACCGAAAGAUGCAAAAGUCUGAUGCUGGACAUGAACAAAGAAGUUUUCUAUUAAGUCGGAUCUGUAAUUUUUGUUUGUUUGUUUGUCUGAAACACAGGUGACGCAAAAUGUAACUAUUAUAAUUGUAUGUUUAACAAGCUUUUUUUCCCUGAUCAAAUAUAGAUUAAUAUAAGAGCUAUAAUUAUUGAAUUAUUGAUGAAUGAACAUGAAUUGAAUGGAAAGGUGUUUGAGCAUUUUUUUGAUAUCUGGAGUUUCUUCUUGACGUCCAUUUACUUUCUUAGUCCUCGCCAGUAAGACUAUUUAACACACUGCAAAAGCUGAAUAUGAUAUCGUAUUAGUAAGACACUACUAGAGCCCAUUUUGGCCAACUAGUACGCUAUUAAAACUUACUGGUAAACUAUUUUACUACACUUGUAACACCAAAAUGCUCAUUUGUAAUGUUGCCUCACACUUGUGCAGAAACCACACAGAAGUAGAUAAAUGAAUAUAAGCAAAACACAGUCAUGCUACUAGUGCAUAGCAUUCAUACCAUUGUUUAGAGAAAAUAGGGUACUAGCUCAAUGACCUUGCACUCUUUUUAAUGACAUUUCUGCAUCCUAAGCUGAAAAAAAUAAUUGGUGGAUUUUCUUGAUAAAAUCAUCUUAAGUAAAUUUUACUGAACUUAAUAUUGCAAGCAGUAAAAUUUACUUAAUAAAAGUAAGUGCAAAUUGUUACAAUGAUUUUAUCACGUAAAUCCACCAGUUAUUUUUUUCAGUGUAGUAAGAGCACACAAGAAAUAAGGCAAAACUACAAGUGCAAAUUUUCAUCUACUUCGUUUUACUAUAGUGUUCACUGUUGUUAGUAGUGAAGACAAGUAGCGAACAUUAGAUAAACCUUAAAAUUGGAUUUAAAGGAUAUCGAACACGUGCUCAAACUGAUUUCCAUGCCAUUACAUAGGAGUCUCCCAUUUGUUGUUCUUUUAAAGAUAGGUGAAGGGCGACCAGUGUCAUGGCAUAUAGUUCCAUAAAUGGACCAUAGAGGGCAGCAGAUGCCAAGUGUUCAGUCCUGUCUGUGAAUGUGAUUCAUGGGGUUGUGAAGCUUCCCUAGAGAAGUGGCCCACCCCUGCGGAUGGCCUCAUUAACCAUGUUAGAAGCUGUAUAUGCGGGUGUUUAACUUACUGAGCACUGCAGCCAGCUAAUUCAUACGCCGCAGUAUUAGUUGUCUUUUUUAAUUAAGUACAUCUUGCACUAACCCGAUGAGUGCAGGUUUGACCAAAUUGUUGGCCCGAUGAAGACAAAUUCAGGUGUGUCUUGUUGAGGGUUCUGUGGGGAGGACAUGGCAAAUUUACCUCAGUUCCAUGUAGUCUGACUGAAAUUGAAGGUGCUUGGCUGCGGGAUUAUUUUGUGUCAGGUGCUUUUCAGCCUUUGAACACAAGAGGCAUGGCAGGAUUGCAAUGGCAUGUUUUGCCGGGAUGUUUACUGUUUUGAAGGGUUCUUAUCUGUAAAAAAUAUAUAUUGUGUAUUACAGCCAACUGUCAGCUCUCUAAUGGUGUUUGAUUGGGUUUCUCAGCAAAUCUCUGCCUUACAGGUAGUACCCAAACACUGUAAUUUUACACCUUUGUUUUAUGCCUAGUGGUCCAAGAUUUACGCAACUGCAGAUCGAACUUUGCUUGAUUGGGUUUCUCUCAGCAGCCAUUUUAGAGUAUCUUUAACAUUCAAAACAUUUAGUAUUGUGUUUAAUCUGUUCUGUGAUAAUAUAAACAAGAAAGGAGUAGUCUUCUUUCACCAGAAAAAAAAAAGUUUUAUUUAUUUCUGUUAAGCAAUCACCAGUAGAACAUGGGUUCAUUUUACCCUCCAAAUAGUUUCUAACACAGAAGUCGAGAAGAUAAACAUUUUGUAGAAGAAACAAGUUGAGCAGGAAAAUUACUUUAACUUUUUUUAUUCUGUAGCUUAAGGGACACCUGGAAUUUUGGGAUAAAAGCAAAUAGCAAAAUGAAAAGCCAAAACAAAAAUGAUGAAAAAACACUAACUCACCGCUUGGCUUAAGUGGUACGUCAUGGCAUUUGCCAGUCACAACAUCUCAUAAUUGUAACAGAAACUUUUAACUAGCAUCCAUGACACAUACAGCAAACUUUUUGCUCUCUCUCCCUCAUAUUCUACUUGACAUGCCGAAAUUUCAUCCCUUCAUUUUUGUCUUCUACUCGAAAACUGCUAAUCCAAAUUUGCAACACCACCAUCUACAGGUAUUUGUUAGUCAAGACUAUGGUUGGGCAUCGUUUGAAUUUGAACGAUUGCGAUUCCACAUUUCGAUUCCUGUACCAAAUGAUUCUCGAUUCUGAUUCUUUUAAUAGGCAGGGUCAAAAAUACGGUCAUUUAGAACGUUACGUUCUAAAUGAGGGUCUGAUAAGAUUUCGGUGUGUUUAUUCUGUUACUUUGUUUUCAUUUAUGUGAAGCGAACCAACACGUUUUUGUGCUAAGCUAAAUUGGCCCCUUCAUUUGAUUUGAUCAUAACGGAGCUAGUCUUUGCUUCUUCUUCAUGGUGUUCGGCAGCAAUUUUUUUUCCGAUCGGCGGUCAGGGGAUUGAAACUUGGAAUCAAAAUUGAAAAAUUCGAACGGUUGCGGGAGAACCGGAGCGUUAGUCCCGGAUCCCAUCGAUGCUCGAUGCCCAACCCUAGUCAUGACAGUGGUUUACAAAUCUGAACUUUAUUUACAAACUGGCUGAGACUCUCUUCCAUGCCUACCCAUUGAAAAACAUACUUGACAAACAAACGUAGUAAGUAAAUGAAUUAGCAUAAUCUUUUCAUAAUCCGCGUCUAUUUUUCCAGUGCUGUGGCUUAGCUCAAUGGCUGCCAUUGACAGCUCUAAACGUCCAAUUUGGAUGUCUAGAGCCGUCAAUGGCCAGUCCACCUUUGUCAAUGGCAGCCAAUGAGUUAAAAUAAUAUCUGCUGUGACUCCCGCUGCUAUCGAAUCAUCACAUUGUUUUAUUUCCGGAAGGGCAAAUGGGAGGCAUUUAUUUGAUAGCGAAUACAGCGGAGGCCUCCAUUUGAGGAAAUAUGGUCAUUUAGAAGAUGGAUGGACCUUUUGUUCCCAUCGUAUGCCGAGAGUGAGACCACCACCUCCCCCUGCUUCUGCUCUGCUAUCAUCACGCUGCAAUGUGGUUGCCACGGCAGCACCAUCACCAGCUCCACACGCCUCUGUUCUCUUUUUCAGUCCCGGCAAAUCGGCUAAUUCCUCUCUAUGUAAUGGAGUCGAGGCCCUAGUAUUAUGUGUGUGUGCGUAGAUACACACAUGAGUGUGUGCCAGUUGUACCCACUCUGUCAUCCAUCAGCGAGGUGAAUGUCACAGUGAUCGGUUGCUUGGAAGCGCCGGGAGAUGACAGGAAUGUUAAAGAGCGCACUCGACAUUGUGCGCCAAGAAAGAAAAGAAGAGCCAGAGUUUUUUUUUUUUUUUUAAAUAGAAACAAUGCCCCGUUUAGAUAUUUGCCUCCAAUUUUUCCCGUCAGGCACGGUUGACCAAUGUUAAGCACUUCUGCCUCGCGGCUCUGAAGCUCGGGGUUCAAAUUUGGACUUUGUUUUUUUCUUCGCUUCUGACCUGUUUCUUGUGCACCAGAAGUCUUUUUUUUUUUUUUUUUUUUUUUUUUUUUGCGCAAAUGUGUUUACGUCGUGUUUCGAUGUAACACAAUUGCUUGUUACUAACAAAUCAUAGAAGCGGUUAAUACUGACUGCAGUAAAUUAGGUUAUUUAAUUAGUUAAAAUAAGAUUUACAACACAUUGUGAUAAGUUCACCAUGUGCAGUAUUAAAGAUGCUUUCAUUUGAUACACUUGCUCCACAAUAAUUGUGCUUUUGUCGUAUGCUUUUUUUCUCUUUUGUCCAUUUGUUUUAAGUGUAAGUUCCACUUUCACUUAAUGUAUAUACUGUGGUACAUUGACUUAAGAGUUUACUUGGUCCCAUGACUCAGCUCGUGAAGCAUUUGUAUCACAAAUGGUGAGUGAGAUUUUGACAAGAAGGAAUGUACCCAUGAGAGAAAAAAAAAAGAAUCACAUCAGUGAUUAUCCCUGUUGCGAACCAAAAAAGUAGCACCAACAUAGGUAAGCUGAAGAAUUCAUGUGUGGGGAUAGAAUUCCCCCAAAUUUAUCAAAACUGACAACUUAUUUGCGUCUACCGAUGCACUUCGGUUCUCUUCUCUGUUUUAUGUAGUCAACUCCUCUUUAUCAUACAUUAUUCAGAAUUCACAAAUGGCCCCCCUCCAUCUGCCCCAGAGCAGUUAUUUUGAGUUUCAAUUUGUCACAGAGUGGUACGCUUUGUUUUUGUUAUGACUCAUUCAUUUCACAAUUGUUUGUUUUUACUCCCCUGCGCAAAUUCAGCAGUUUGUUGCAUGUUUGUUCUGCAAUCUGGCUGUGACUGAAAAGAAGAAAUAAGACUUUUGUCAAGCUCUGACGUCAUUUGCAGGUGUAAAUGGCUUUUUUUGUUGUUGUUUUUUUUUUAUUUUAUUUUUGCGCGUGUAUUUGUUUAGCCAACCUGUAAAUAAGUCGUUUCGGCAGAGGAAGAAAAAAAAGCGCGCUUACGUUUGUCUGACCUUUUAAUUUAUUGACGAAUUUGUGAAUGAUGCUUUUAGGAGCACAGGACAAAGGACCACGGUUCCCUACUCAUGCUGUAAAACGGAGUUUGUUUUUAUGUUCAAAAAGAGAAAAGUAAGCAAUUGUUUUGCCAACUGACAAUAGUAGGAGUGUCAAGAUGGAGAAUUGAAGAGUUAAUAAAUUGUAACAACAUUUUAAAUAAAGUUAUAUAUUGGGGAAUGUGUUGGUGGUUUGUCAUCUUUACAUCUUCGGUGGAACCUUUAAUAACUCCAAAAUCGAUUAAAUGAUUAAAAUGUAGUAAAAAGUAAAUACUGAAGGGAAUAGUAUCUUUUCUUGUAUUUACUGUUUCACUUUGUAUUACUCUAACACACUUAAUAUAAUCAAUCAGGGAAUAGUAUCUUUUCUCAUAUUUACUGCUUGACUGUAUUACUCUUAUCAUUUCCGAUAUAAACUAAAUAUCUUUUACAGUCCUAGUUUAAGAAAAACAAGUAGAAUAUAUUUGAUAUUAUGAACAGUUG